UUGUUAAGGGUGGUAUCUUCUGUACACUAGAGGCUUGUGACAGUUCUUGAAUGAAACAAAUUUUUAGCUGGAGGUCACUUACUUUUGGGAAAUUUUGUUUUUACUUGUCUGGAAUUCCCUUCUGCUUUAUACUGGAUACAAUAUUCAACAUCUUCAGUCAUAAUGUGUUCUGUAGUGCUUAAAGGACUUGAAACACUGAACAAAUUCAAUUUUUUAGUCAGAUGAUACCAAGACUUCUUAAGGUUCCUGAAAACAGUGAGGCUUCUGCUUGCAUCAGACUGGCCACCUGUCUGAUUCCUUUAGGAUCUUUUUUUUCCCCUUUGUUAAAGAAAAAUGCCUUCCUUGAGUGGAAAAGUGCAGACUGUCUUGGGCCCUGUGGAGCCAGACUGUCUUGGCUACACAUUGACUCAUGAACACUUGACUAUGAACUACAGCAGCUGCUUUUGUCCACCUUCUCCAGGCCAAGAGCCUUUGUCUAAUGGACCCAUUGAGAUGAAGAACUUGUUUUGGAUUAAGCAAAAUCCUUACAGCCAUAAAGAAAACCUUCUUUUGUAUCAGGAAACAGAUGCUGUGAGGGAGGAGCUGCUGCAUUUUAAAGCAGCAGGUGGUGGGACCAUAGUGGAGAACACAACUACAGGAAUUGCCCGGGAUGUGAAUACUUUGAAGAAACUAGCUGAAGAAACUGGAGUUCAUAUUAUUGCUGGUGCUGGGUUUUAUGUGGAUUCCACUCAUUCUUCUCAAACACAGGCUAUGACAGUGGAGCAGCUGACAGAGAUUAUUGUUGAUGAGGUACUCAAAGGAGCAGAUGGGACUAAUAUCAAGUGUGGUGUGGUGGGAGAAAUAGGUUGCUCCUGGCCUUUGACUCCGAGUGAGCACAGAGUGCUUCAGGCAACAGCACAGGCUCAGGCCCAGCUUGGGUGCCCUGUUAUCAUCCAUCCUGGCAGGAACAGUGACUCCCCUUUCCAGAUUCUGCGCAUUCUGCAGGAAGCUGGGGCUGAUGCUUCAAAGACAGUCAUGUCUCACCUCGACAGGACCAUAUUUGAUAAAAAGAAACUUCUUGAAUUUGCUAAACUUGGAUGUUACUUAGAGUAUGACCUGUUUGGUACAGAAUUCCUUCAUUACCAGUUCCAUCCAGAUAUUGACAUGCCGAACGACAACGAAAGAAUUGCAAGGAUUCGUAUGCUGAUUGAUGAAGGCUAUGAAGAUAGAAUUCUGAUGGCUCAUGAUGUGCACACCAAGAACAGGUUGAUGAAAUAUGGAGGUCAUGGAUAUUCACAUAUCUUAAAAAAUAUAGUUCCUAAAAUGCUAAUUAGAGGCAUAUCCCAAGAUAAAAUUGAUAAAAUACUCCUAGCAAAUCCAAAGCAGUGGCUGACUUUUAAGUAGGAAUAAUGAAUAAAUAUACAUGAUUUAUAAGGAAGCUUGAUAAAAUUCAGAUUUUGGUAGAGCAGUCAUUAAAAAAAAAUUUCCAAAAACCUGAAAAUUAUUAAGUACAUGCAAAUAAACUGAUUAUAACUUUUCUUUUUAAUUAGAGCAUCAAAAUUGUGUACUGUUUCUACAGUUUUUCCCUUCUGAAUGUUUGCUAAUUAAUGAUUUACUGAAUAUGAGCCUACCUACAGAAUCUUUUCAACUGAAAUUUUAAAAUAAUUGUUUCAAAAGUAUAUUCUAAUACUGUUACUGAAUGUUACCUCCAAACCACUUUUAAAGAUGCGUCACUUGGACUUGGAAGGAAAUUAUGGUUUUCAGUUAAAUUUCCUAUCUCCAGUGACUGAUUUUAAUCCUUGUAAUACUGUCAAUCUUCUCAUUAUCCUCAUAUUCUUCAGGUAAUACUUAAUGUAAAGCCUGGAAGUUUUAAUUAGUUUCCAUAGACCAGAGAAGGCAAGAGGAAUCUCAAAUAAAUCUAAAAAGAUAAUGUUUCUUUCUAGAUUAACAAUUUACUUAAUUGUAACUGAAAAUGUAAAAAAUA